AUGGGCACCGGCUGCGUGUUUCGCCGUGCGGCGCUAUACGGCGUCGACCCACCGCUCUGGAGACCACACGGCGACGACGCUGGCAAGGGCGUUGCCACUGGCACUGAGGCCGACAAGUUGGGCGUGUCGACGCCGUUCCUUCGUUCGGUGCAUGCCGUCCUAACGAACCAAUCGGAGCAAUGGGACACGGUCAGCAUUUCAUCACCGCCGUGCUCGUUCGACGCGGCUGCCAUUGGUGAGGCAACCGCGCUCGUCUCGUGCGGCUACGAGGACGGGACGACGUGGGGCUGGGACAUCGGCUGGAUGUACGGCACCGUGACAGAGGACGUGGCCACGAGCUUCUGCAUGCACCGGCGAGGGUGGCGCUCCGCCUACUGCGCCACCGCGCCGGACGCGUUCCGCGGCACCGCGCCCAUCAACCUCACAGACCGGCUGUACCAGGUGCUCCGCUGGGCGGCGGGCUCCCUCGAGAUACUCUUCUCCCGCAACAACGCCCUCCUCGCCGGCGGCCGGCUCCACCCGCUGCAGCGCCUGGCGUACCUCAACACCACGGUGUACCCGUUCACCUCCAUCUUUCUCAUAGCCUACUGCGGCGUCUUCCCGGCGAUCCAGCUCGUGACCGGGAACGGCGCCACCACCGGCGGCGCCUUCUUCUCAAUAAUCAUCAGGCCGCUGUCUGCCACGUACAUCGCCUUUGUUGCGGCUCUGAUGCUGACGCUCGCGAUGGUGGCCGUCCUGGAGGCCAGGUGGUCCGGCAUAGCGUUGGUCGACUGGUGGCGGAACCAGCAGUUCUGGAUGGUGUCCUCCACGGGCGCAUACCUGGCGGCGGCGGUGCAGGUGGCGCUCAAGGUCGCGGCCGGGAAGGAGAUAUCGUUCAAGCUGACGUCCAAGCAGAGUGCGACGAGCACAAGUGCUGCCAGCAGUGUGAAAGACAGGUUCGCUGAGCUCUACGCCGUGAGGUGGACGGUGCUGAUGGUCCCGACGGCCGUGGUGCUAGCGGUGAACCUGACGUCCAUGGUUGCAGCGAUGGAAGGGGGGUCGUGGAGGGAUGGCCCAAUGGCGGUGUUCGCUUUGGCGUUCAACGCGUACGUAGUGGUGCAUCUCUACCCCUUCGCCCUGGGGCUCAUGGGUCGCUGGAGCAACACGUUGAGCCCCCUACUCGUGCUUGUCGCAUUCUUCACCGUUCGACUACUUUGCUUCGUCCUCUAUUUACACAUGUUUUAA